AUGUCAUGUACCACCAAAUUGCAGGUUUUGAAAGUCCAAAGCCAAGUCGUUGCAGGCGUUAUUUACGAUCUGGAAGUACUCUAUGGAGAAUCUGGCUGUAAGAAAAAGAAAGUUGACCUCACCAGAUUGCAAAUGGCUGAUUGCAGAGUGAUGAAUACAGGAAAAAAAGCUGUGUACAAGAUUUACUACUACGCCAACCCAGGGCAAAACUAUGAACAAAUCGGCGUAUCGGGAGUGAAGAACAUCGCUUGGAAAGCUGCGAAAUCACUCAAUGAGGACUCUAUUGCCAACCCUGGGCCAUACGCCAUGGUGCCAAUAAAGGUUUGCUCAGCUUUUUCCAAACUCUCGUUAACCACUCUUUUUAAUAGAAGCAGCUAAGA